AUGUCCACGUCAUCACCACCACCACAUCCUCCGCCGCCUCAAACAAAAAACAAACAGAUUCCCACCGUCAUCACUGGUUGCUCUUUCUUCUUCGCGCUCCUUCACUGCCUCCGCAACGAAAAACGAACUACUCCAUCUUCCGACUCAGACUCCAACCCUCCUCAUCCCUUCUCCUACUCCCUCCUCCGCCGCGCAACAAACUCCUUUUCCAAUAUCCUCGGCCACGGCGGGUUUGGCCCUGUAUAUUCCGGUACCCUACCUUCCUCCGGUAAACUAAUCGCCGUCAAGCUCAUGAACUCUACCUCCUCUGUUGCUUAUCAAGGCGAACGCGAAUAUCACAACGAACUCUUCUUCGCCGCAAGACUCCAUUCCGACCUCCUCGUCCCCGCUAUCGGUUUCUCCUCCGAUCCAAAACGCCGGCGUUUUCUUCUCGUCUAUGAUCUCAUGAAAAACGGUAACCUCCACGACGGGCUCUUCCGUCGUAAAAGCCCUGAGUUAACGUUAUGGAAAACGCGGUUUUCGAUAAUUCUUGACAUCGCGAAAGGAAUUCAAUAUCUUCAUUCUUGCGAUCCGCCAAUCAUUCACGGUGAUAUUAAACCUAGUAAUAUUCUCCUUGAUCAUUCCUUUUCGGCUAAAAUCGCUGAUUUCGGUCUCGCGAGGUUGAAAACCCUUUCCCCUUUCGAAAUCAGGAAAGAGGAGUUUGAGAGUGAUGAGACGGAAAUUGAGAGUGUUAAUACUAGCUUGGAGGAAUAUGAAACAGACAUGGUUGGUGUUGUUGGUGGUAGAAAUAUAAUGAAAAAGAGUGGGAGUGUGAAGGAUUAUGUAAUGGAUUGGAUUGGUAAAGAAGUGAAGAAGGAAAGUUCAAAGAAUGGUGAAUUGGUGGGUGGAAGUGGAAAUGGAAAGGGAGAGAAAAGCAAGAAGAAAAUGGAGUGGUGGGAAUCAAUGGAUGAUGGAAAUGGAAAUGCUUGUUUGAAGAAGAAGGAGAAGAGAAGACCGGCGAGGGAAUGGUGGAAGGAAGAGUAUUCUCAAGAGCUCGCCAACAAGAACAAGAAGAAAACGGGAGGAAAGAAUGGCGAUAAUUGGUGGAAAUGGGAAAGAGAUCGCGAUGAUGUUGAUGCGAAAAAACAGAAUAGUAAAAAUCGUAACAGAAAGGAUCGUGGUAGUGAUGAUUCAUGGUUGAGUGGUGAGUUAAAGAGAGUUAAUUGGAAUAGCUAUGAUUCAUGUAAUAGCGGAGAAAUUUGCAAGAGUGGUGAAAUCAGCAGUACAGCAAGUAUGAGAGGAACUGUUUUUUACGUCGCGCCUGAAAAUGGUUAUAGCGGCGGUGGUGAUGUAACAGAGAAAUGUGAUGUUUAUAGUUUUGGUGUGUUAUUGCUUGUUAUUGUUUCUGGGAGGAGGCCUCUUCAGGUGAAUGAUGGUUUGCAUGUUUCGGAGUUUAAGCGAGCGAAUUUGGUGUCUUGGGCUAGACAUUGUGGGCGGAAUGGGAAACUAAUUGAACUUGUUGAUCCUUGCGUUGAGUUGUUGUUAGUGGAUCAUAGAGAGCAGGCUCUUCUGUGUAUCAAAGUUGCAUUGGUUUGUUUGAUGAAAUCGCCUAAUCGCCGUCCUUCGAUGAAACAAGUUGUGGGAAUGCUCAGUGGCGAAUUGGAACCACCGCAAUUGCCACAUGAGCGUUCACAAACUCGAUUUCAAUUCAAGAAUCGAAAAGAAAGUUUGUGA